CUUCGUCGACUACGAUUUUGAGCGAAACUAUUUCAAUUUGGAGCGAAACGACUGGGGGCGAAAAGGUUAUGGAGCGAAACAACUGCAAUUCGCAAAAUGGCAGAUCUUUCCGGAAUUUACAAAUAAGGCUUUGAAAAAAGACCAGAUGAUGCAAAGAAUACUGCCUGGCGUCAGAUAUGCUCAAACAAAUUGGCUUCAGCAACACUUGAAAUGGAGGAAAAAUUGUGUUGACCAGAGUUUCAUCAUACAGCAUUUAUCUAAAUGGAAUGUUCACCAGCAGUUUUCUACAAAGGAACACUGGAAUUCCACUGAACAAUGGCUCAAUAAAUAUCCUGUGCUGACCGACACCAAGAUUCGACCAAGUGUUUAUAUUCUGGAUCAUGAACUUGCAGGGUUGAUUGUUGAAAAACUUGGAGGAAGAAAUCUAUCUAAUGAAAAGGCAGCAUGGGUGGAAGUCAAUCCAGGCCCAGGGGUUGUCACCAGGGCAUUACUUGAAGCUGGUCUGCCUCGAUUGAUUGCCAUAGAACGCCAAGAUGUCUUCAAUCCUGAAUUGGAGGAUAUCAUGGAAGCAUUUCCAGGAAGAUUAACUUACAUCAAUAAACAUUUCUUCUCACAUCCAUUUAUUGGAGACAAAUAUUAUGAACUUCUCCAACUCAUGCCAGAUUUUUCUGCUAAGUCUUUCCUAGAUGACCCUCCUCUGAAGAUUAUCUGCCAUCCUGCAGGGCACUGGCUCUAUGAGAAGAAGUUCAGCCGUACACUGCAACAUCAGCUCGUUAGGAAUAAAGAUUCCAUCUACAGCCAGGGCCGGGUGCAGUUCAUAACAAUAGUUUCUGGUGUGGAACAUAUGAAUUUGACUCCAACGUUCCCUUCCAAGACCUGUUAUCGAAUCAAGAAUGUACUGCAACAUCUCCUGUUUGACACAGAAAGCUUACUAAAGGUUCCAACAGAGUAUCUCUAUCCGAUGCCUCUGAUGAAAACAUAUAAGGAUGAAAAAUUCAAGAAAUAUAAAAAGGAACCGUUUGUGUUGUUGCGUAUGACCCCCAAGUGGAACCUGUUUGAACAAGUGGUUCCAGCAGAAUAUCUUGGCUUGUUCCAGUUUUUUCUAAAAGAGAUGUUAGUGAAGAAAACUGCCAGGUUGAUCCCUAAUGUCGAUACCUGGUUCCCUGGUCGUGGCUUAGAUCUGAUCAAAUCGGGCUAUGCAAUGACAGAUACUGUUCGGGAUACUACACCAGAUGACUUGCUCAAAGUAUUUGAGACGAUGCUUACCUGGCCAGAGUUACAUUCAUCAAGUUUCUACUCCGAAUAUUAUGGUCAAGAGAGUCACAGAAAAGAAGAACGACAUGCAUGACCGCAAGAAAUAUAUUUGGUGACGUCUAGUGAUUUAAUUUGCCAUGCUUGCCUGGCACAGUGUCUCCCAAGUAAUUCAACACAACUCAUGCUCCCAAUUAUCUUCGAAGUGUCAUGGUGUGACAUUACUGCUAAACCUUCAAAACGAUACGUGGGUGCCGAUGUGUCAGAAAGAGGGAUUGGUAAAAUACUGUGUCCACUCAGUUAUGUGAAAAUGAAUCAUCACUGCCAGUCCUUGUAGACACUUGGAAGGUGCUGCCCACUGCUAAAAAUUGUUCUUGGAAAGAGCCCCCAGAAAUAUGAUUCGUAUGUGAAUGUUGAUGUGUGUGAAGGUUAAAAAUAUUAUUAGAAAUGGGCCUACCAUGAAGGUCAUAAAGCAAGCACUCGUCAGGAGGUUGUGAGUUCUAUUUUUGGAUGGAUCACCACUGUUUUGUCUCUGCACCCUUGAGCAAGGCUCUUAACCCUACUAGGGGAAGACAUUGAGUACCAUUGAAAACAGCAUCCUUACCUGAUUAAGUCUAUAGUUAUCAGGGAAUUAUGGUAUUAUAGGGACAUUGAAUUGAGAAGUAACAUCAUUGCUGUAUAUGUAAUGCAAUCAUUUCAUGGGAGAUCACAUGAGAACAGGACCAAAAGUUAAAAGUAAAAUGGCGUAAUUCGAUUCUUACUUAGUCACUUGUUGUAUACUUGGUGCUUGAAUAAAGAGUAUUUUUAUUG